AUGACGGUUCCCAUCGCAUCAUCAGAUACUUGGGAGUCGUAUAUAUUUAACGGGAAGGAGUAUUUGAUACAGAAUUUACCAGUAAAUUGGGAGAAUGCGAAACUUAUAUGUCAAGGUCACCACAACGGCUCGCUAGCUGUUCUCGACACGAGAGAAAAAGCCGAAUUCAUGGCGGAAGCUUUGUCAGAAUUACAGUUCUCUGUUGAUUCAGUGUGGGUCGGAGCCAGGCGAGCUUCUAGCGAAGAUCCUGAAGGAUACCGCUGGAUACAAGGUGUGGAGCUCAAGAGAACAGCCUCGGACGUACUCAACAACGAGGCUGAUGAUUACAACAGACACUAUCCUAUGUGGUUGAACCGUAUCCACAUCCCGGUGCCGCCGGGCGGAGCGGACUGCGUGGCCCUGGAGAGGGUGCACCACGAUGUACCGGUGUUCAUGGACCUGCCGUGUGACUUGAAACGAGCGUUCGUCUGUAUGAGAGAUGCUCACGUGGAUGUCAAGAUACGAAGAGUUGGAAGUGUUCGUUGCAGUACAGGAUCUUACCAGCUCUUCAAUGGAAGAUUGGACUGGAAGCAAGCGGCGGCGUACUGUGUGUUAAGAGAUAUGGCGUUAGCCAACGUGGCGUCGGAGCGAUGUCUUAGGAAACUCGGCUUGGCGAUGUUGAAAUCACGUCCAAGUGUAGAAAGCGCGUGGAUUGGAGGGAGAGGCUCGCUUGGUAAUUGGUCCUGGAUAGAUAGCGGGGUCAGUGUGUUCAAUCCCGGGUCGAACAACGUGUCACAAUGGCCGCCUAUGAGAGACAGAAAAAUGAUAAAACAAAAUGGCUGUUUACAAAUUGAUAGACAUGAAACUAGAUCACCGGUGUUCUUGGAAGCUCGCUGCGAGAGAAAAAUGCAGUUUAUAUGUUACAAAGGUACGCUACCACCUCAACCAUCACAAGCGGAUGAUAUCUAUCAUUACGUGGUGGUGCGCCAGUCAUUAUUCUGGCAGCACGCGUACGACAACUGCGUCACCCUGAACGGCUCGUUGGCCACUGUCGAUAGUAACGACGUGCUCAUACAGCUCUUGCUGUCAAUGGGGGAGAGUGGGGAUACACCUGUCGAGCACGUGUGGAUAUCCGGUCGCCUGAACAUGUCGCGAGAUGUCGCCACCGACGUCACAUCCUACACCUGGUACAACCCCACCACCGGGAAAAAGAUCCCCGACCCCAAGAAUGGUGACAAUACUGGCUUAUAUAUGCCGCCCUGGUUGGAUGACGAGUUCACGAUGGACAGUCCGUGUCUCAACCUGGACCGUCAGGAUCACCUCAACGGGCUGGUGUACGGCCUCCCGUGCGACACUCCACAGUACUCAAUAUGUAUGAUAGAGAAAUCAGCCACAAGAUCAUCCCCUCAAGUUGCGAGUGAUGGAUAUGAAACAACUUAA